AUGCGCGGGGUAUUCUGUCUGGUGAUAUUCGGGGUGUUUUUGCAUUUUUCGGGUGGGCAGAGGAUUCAAGCUUCGAGGCGGAUCUUUCGGCGACCUGAACAAGGCAGACUGACCUCUGAUCUACUAGCUGGUGCCCCCGAUUUCAACUCACGUGAUCCGCAGUCUGCUCUUGACCCCACUCUCAUUCAGCAAGCCAACCGUCUUCGAUUACGGAAUUUCCGAGCUCGCUCCGGAUUAUCAGCGAAUUCUAGAGCCCCUUCAAACCACAGAGCAGCUGAUAACUCUGUAAACUCCAGAGGGUUUCCAAAUAGUAAUGAUAAUUCGGUAAACUCAAGAGGUUUUCUAAAUAACAAUGAUAAUCUGAUGAACUCCCGAGCCGCUAUCUCGCGGUCUAAUACGCAAAGGAAUACAAGAUCUCGCAAUAAUUUUGAGGAUAACACGGCCGCAUCUGGUUCAAACAGGUUUCACCGGAACUCUCAAGUGGACCACAGGCGGAUGAACUCUAACGAUAUUCACCACGGUCAAAAUGAUAUGACAAGAUCGAGGCAAAUCCCCAAUGUUCCUGCACAGUCUGGUUUCCAAGAAACACCAAUAGGAAAUGACGUAGGGAAUCAGGGGUUAACACAAGAUCAACAACUCGUCAGAGAAAUGCUGCUCCUGAAUUCUCUGCUGUCAGAAUCUGGCAACAUUCAUCACAACGACGCGUCAUCAAGACGCUCGUCCAAUCAGAACGCAGGUUCUAGCGAUUUCGGAUCCUUCUCUAUUCACGGACAAAACAACCCUCACAAAACCCUGCACCAACCUUCCAUGGCGCAAGACUUCUCGUCUAUAACUCAGCAACACCCGGGUUUUCAAUCGCAGCCUAAAAUUGUCCUUCUUAGAAACAAGAACCCCGCUAAACCACUGAACCUACAGAUCGGUAACACACGACUCGAGGUCCUAGGGGGCCAGCAAGAUUCGGGCUCGCAGCUCAUUAUCAACACACUUCAAAACGCAAUGGGGACCCUAGAUACUUUGAAUGGAAAUUCUAACCCAAUCCAGAUCCAAAACAACGCUAUAAAUAACCAGAAUGGAAACUCUGCUAUAAAUAUCCCAAACGGAAACGCCUUUGUGAGCAACACGCAAGCAAAUGCACAGCAAACAGCCACCGUAAACUCCAAUCAAAAUGGACCCGAUGCUAAGAUUCUCCUGGAACUUUUAAAACAGCUUCGAUCUACAUCAUCAGCAUCCACUUCAAUUAAUUCUGUAUCCAACAAUUCGGCUGCCUCUAGUGUAAUACAUGGCCAAGUCAACGUAAACAAUGCCCAUGUUCCCAUGGUUACAACCGCGGCGCCCGUCCCUAUGGCAACUACGCCACUAACUCCUUCAGAAGCAUUGAGGCAGAUUCUAGGACCCGGAGUACCAAACGCUCUGCUGAAGCAGAUGGCGAAGGACAUACUUCCGUCAGAACUUCAGAGAAUCGACGCCAUUAUGACAGGACAAGUCCAGGCCACUAAUCCCGCCAUUGACGUCGGGAUCCUGAAAAUUGGAAACCAGACGCACGCAUUCGAUGUAGGGACCACGAAAAAAAUAAAAAUAAAACAGGACAAGCAUGGCCCAAGGGCGGAAGUGACGUCGAUUAUCGGAGGCCACGGUAUCAGCCGGCACGGUUAUGUAACAGAAGAACCACCAGAAUAUGACGAAAUAUUGUUACGUAAGGUUUUACAGAAGAUGAGUGGGCGUUGAGUGGCACACCCUGUCUUGUUCCUCCAUUUGCUCAUUAAUCGUCGUUUAGCUUUUGUUAUUUAUUGAUUCAGUUUUGAUUUUCGUGAUUUAUUUAUAUCGAUAUAUCGAUUUUGAUUGUUCCGAUCACAGACAUUAAGACAAUCCAAUUAUAGUUGAUCAACCCUUCCUUUUUGUGCAAAACAACUGAUCAGUUUAUAUUUUGCAAAGUCGAUAAAGUAGCUCCAUUCACUGGUACUUUUUGUAGUAAGUUUGAAAGACCCCCAUCCUACUGAACCCAGAUAGCCCUAUUUAUGAGAAUUUCAGCAACAAUUCAUUACUCUAUUUAUUUUUGUUUUUUUCACAAUAGAUAUUAUUGGUACAUAUCUAAUCUUCUUCAUUCAUCUAGUUAGUUCUUUUUUGUACUUUAAAAAGUCAGAAGCAUAUUUUCAUUUGUUUUCAUUUUGGACUUGGACACGACUUGAGAUCAAAAAUUUAAUUUUUAUUUUUUAUGCAUGAAAUGGUUUACUGGUGCAUUUUAAAUGAUUGACCAAAAUAUUGAAUGUAAAAGUCAAGUUACAAGCAAGAUACAGAGGUAAGAAUUGGUUGUUAUGUAAACAAAGCUCGAGUCUUAUAGUUGUUUACAAAAAUAUGUAAUGUAGAGAUUUACCAUUUUUUAGACAAAAUGACAUGUAAAAAACAAUUUAAAAUAACUCAAUAUUUUCAUAAAUACUAGUAUCAACAAAAGAAAGAUAGAUUUGAUUGAAACUUACACCAAUACAAUGAAUAUGUAAAAAUGACAAUAUUCGAACUUUGUUUACAAAACAAAGAAUUGUGAAUUCUGUAUCUCGCUUAUAACUUGAUAUUUGACUUUCAAAUGUUGACAUAGCAUUAAAAACUUCUAUAUUUAUCAGUAUAAACAUUGGAAAUGGAAAAAUAAAAUUUUGAAAAUUUUAAGCCAAAUCGUGUCCAAGUCCCUUUAAGGAACCCCUUUGGGAAUUUGUCGAAAAAGUACUAAAUUAUAGCGUUUUUUCACAUAUCUAAUCUUCUUCAUUCAUCUAGUUAGUUCUUUUUUGUACUUUAAAAAGUCAGAAGCAUAUUUUCAUUUGUUUUAAAGUUGCUCAAAACACAAUGUACAUAUUUAUGGAUUUCAUUUACCAAAGAUUUUAUUUUCAGUUAGAAUCAGCCAAAGUUUUACUAUGUUGAUAGAUUAUUAAUUACGUAAAAUGACUUUGUGUCUUUACGGUCAAAAUAAAUCUUUU